AUGGCGCUGCUCCAAUGCCCGACGGUGUCCACUGAUUUGGAGAAUAUUGACAUAGGCGUUAAUUCUAAAGCCAAGAGUCAUGUGACUAUCAGGCGUGGGGUUUUAAAAGAAAAUGGAAAUAGAGUUACAACCAAAGCAGCACAAGUAGUGAAGAAAACUCAAAACACCAAAGUAUCGGUUCAGCCCACCAAAGCAACAAAUGUCAACAAACUGAAACCCACUGCUUCUGUGAAACCAGUACAGAUGGAAAUGUUGGCUCCAAAGAGUCCUUCUCCCACAACUGAGGAUGUCUCCAUGAAGGAAGAGAACCUCUGCCAAGCUUUCUCUGAUGCCUUGCUCUGCAAAAUUGAGGACAUUGAUAAUGAGGAUUGGGAGAACCCUCAGCUCUGCAGUGACUAUGUUAAAGAUAUCUACCAGUAUCUAAGACAGCUUGAGGUUUUGCAAUCCAUAAACCUACAUUUCUUGGAUGGAAGAGAUAUAAAUGGACGUAUGGGUGCCAUCCCGAUGGACUGGCUGGUUCAAGUCCACUCCAAGUUUAGGCUUCUGCAGGAAACUCUGUACAUGUGCAUUGCUGUCAUGGAUCGAUUUUUACAGGUUCAGCCAGUCUCCCGUAAGAAACUUCAGUUGGUUGAGAUUACAGCUCUGCUCUUGCCUUCCAAGUAUGAGGAGAUGUUUUCUCCAAAUAUAGAAGACUUCGUCUACAUCACAGACGAUGCUUAUACCAGUUCUCAAAUCUGAGAAAUGGAAACUUUAAUUUUGAAAGAACUGAAGUUUGAAUUGAGUCAACCCUUGCCACUUCACUUUUUAAGGCGAGCAUCAAAAGCUGGGGAAGUUGAUGUUGAACAGCAUACAUUAGCCAAAUAUUUGAUGGAGCUGACUCUCAUUGAUUAUGAGAUGGUGUAUUAUCACCCUUCUAAGGUAGCUGCGGCUGCUUCCUGCUUGUCUCAGAAGGUUCUAGGCCAAGGAAAAUGGAACUUAAAGCAGCAGUAUUACACAGGAUACACAGAGAAUGAAGUACUGGAAGUCAUGCAGCACAUGGCCAAAAAUGUGGUGAAAGUAAAUGAAAACUUAACUAAAUUCAUCGCCAUCAAGAAUAAGUAUGCCAGCAGCAAACUCCUGAAGAUCAGCACGAUCCCUCAGCUGAACUCCAAAACCAUCAAAUACCUCGCCUCCCCUCUAAUGGAGAGGUCCUAG